AUGAGGAUUGAUGAUGCUAGUGCAGUGGAUGUUGCCUACGUGGAUUAUGGAAUGUAUCCUGACAUCACUGUGCACCCGUGCGAUACUUCGGUCAGCGGGUGCGUGCGGGAGUCGGCAGUGCAUCUGCCGACAAUUAACAAGCCUAUUAAGGCCACUAAAUGCUCCAUUGACAGUUUCCUGGAAUAUGAACCUAAACCCAUCGUCCAAGAGUUGAAAAUAGACUUCAGUAAUGUCAUAGAGGGAAAGGAUGAGUGGAGUGUGGAAGACAAAAUCUCUCAAAACGUUUUACGCAGAUUGCUGGACCAUAUUCUGCUGCGGUCAUUUAUCAUCUUACUGCUUCUUGGAAGCUGCAUUGCCAUCAGUUGUCAGACUGAUCCUGCCAUCUUGGAGAGUUAUGCCAUGUUCUUUGCGACAUUUGAACAAAUAUUGGUGACGAUCUUUCUCUGGGAAAUGUUGCUGAAAUGGUACUACGGCUUCUGGCUUUUCUGGAAGGAUGGUUGGAACAUUGCAGAUUUCUUCGUCACAUCUGCCUUAUUCAUGGGUUCCACACUGUCGUCAACGAGGAACCAUGAGAUUUUCUAUGUUCUGAGAGUGCUGAGAGCUCUGCGAAUGGUGCGGAGUUUAGCUGCCAUCCAGGGCCUGGCCAUUAUGGUGCAGGUAAUCGUCCAGUCAGUUUCCGACAUGGCCAACAUUAUCUUCCUGCUCAUCCUGAUCACAUUGGUAUUCGCUGUGUUUGGGGUGAUCAUAUUUAGCACCAAUGUUCCAGAAUCGUUUGGGAGUUUGGAAAAAGCUAUGUACUCGCUGUUUAUCUGCAUCACACAAGAUGGAUGGGUGCAAAUUUAUGAAGAAUUUGUGCUAAGGGACGGAGUGAUAAUGUACUGGGGCGCACUGUAUCUCUUCACCUUCAUCAUAGGAGCAGCUUUUAUCUUUGCGAACAUUAUGGUUGCUGCAGUGACUUCAAACCUGGAGGAGGCAAUAUUAGAGCAGGAGGAGAAGAAGCAUAUACUGGCUGAUGAAUCAGGUCUGCUAACUGAGUUUCGUGCUCGUCACACGGGCAUGCAGGCAGCCAACAAUUUGGAAAACCUCACCCAAGGACGGGAUAAAAAGGGUCAGCAGCAAUGCCAGUGUGAGGAGUUUGGAAGUUUGCUGCUGGUUGCUUAUUGCCUUCCAGGGAAUGCCUGUGCCAUCUUAAACUGGCUGCCGGGUCGCCAUUGGACCUUGCAGCCGACAGGCCCCUACCAGGCCCUUCCCGACCAUUGGGAAGCUGUAUUUCAUGCUCGGCCUGCCAGCAUGAAAUUGCAGUCAUCCCAAUCGAUCCUGGGAUCGUGCCAGCCCGCCGACCUGAAAGUUCUGCCCCAGGAUGAGAGUGAAUCAAGCCCGCGUUUGGACUUGAUCCAUCUAAACGUUUGUAUGAAGCAGAUCAACAUGGCUCACAAGCAACAACCGAUGAAGUACAGCUCUCUGGAGAAUCUCAACCUCACCACGUAUGAAGAGUUCUGCCUAGUGCUGGAAGCUAUCCAGAGGAACCUCCAGUACUAUAAACAGAUUCGCCAUGAACUCAAUAGCAUUGUGAAAGAGCUACGAGACAUCUUGUUUAACCGUGAUCAACAGAAGCAGAUCAUGCACCAUGAGAGGCGGAUAAUGGACAUGACCGAGGCUCUACUCACCAAUGAUAUGCCAACGUUCAAAAAGAAAGAAAUGCUCAGCAACCUGUUAACAAUGGAAAAGGUACGCAGCCCUACAGCUAGCAGUAUAUUCUCAAGAUCAUCGGAUAAUCCACUGGUUUCUGCACACAUACUGAGACAUUUGCCUGAUAACUAG